AUGGGUUUGGGCCGGCGUGGGCCGUCCGAUGAGGAGAGACCCGUGGAGAUCUGCCCAGCUGCUCUUCCCCAUGCAGAGAGUAGCAGAUCCAGGUCAAAGUCCGAGGAGGAAGAAGGUAGCGUCAGCAGCAGCGAGGGAGACGGGGAGACGGAGAGAAGCCUUGGCUACCUCCCGCGGUUUUGGUUCGGGGAACCCUCCUCUGAGCUCUGGAAGAAGGUUUUCUCCGGUAUCGCCCUCGCCGGAAGGAAGCCGCCGGAGACGAAGGCGAAACUCGCGUUGGCGGGGACCCGGGCACGGGAUUCUUUCCGUGUUGGGAGCUUUCGAUUGAUCUGA